CGUAAUAUCGUCCGAUCAGCAUGUUCACGACGAUUGGCUGUCGCUGAGGUCGGAUGAUCAUUUGUAAUUUUUUUCAGUAUUACACACAUUGCGUUUGAUAGAUGAUAUGUAUCAUUUAUGUGUGAUAUUAAAUUAUAAAUCUAUGUGAAUAAAUAAUCUUUAAUAUAAUAAUUAUUCAAAAAUGGCAAAUUCUGGUGGGUGGACACCCCUUCAAGAAAAUGAAUUCCCAAAUUUUCCUGCCGGUGACAGUUUCAAUUUGAAUGAAAUGACUGGGUUUGAUGAUCUAUUGAAGAACUGUGAAAGUGAAUUAAUGAAAAAUGAAAAUCUCUUCAGUGACGAGACUUUUUUAUCUGAUUUGGACGAACCGAUAGCUAUGGAAAAUGAUCAGUUUAAUUUUCUUAAUAUGAACAUUGAUGAUAACUUCAAAGAUCCAAAUACUUUGGACAAAUUAGUACAACCAGAUGUGAUAAUAAUGUCUGACAGUACUGCAGAACAAUCUCAACAACCACCUCAACAGCAGCAUUCACAGCCAAAACAACAGCAACAACCACCACAACAGCCGCAUCAACAACGAUCUAAAGCUUCUAAUAUUUCAUUAGAAUCAACGCAAAUUCCUUGUCAACCAAGAAAAUUAUCAGCCACACAAUCAACGCCAACAGUGUUUACAUCACAAUAUACAAUUCCACAAAAUGUCAAUUUCACUCUGCAAUCACCUGUUGUCACGUUAGCACCUGUCACGGCGAAUCAACGACAGCUUUUAUUACCAGCGAAGUUAAUUAAAUCUGAAUCUCUUGUUUAUCCUAGAGUAUCGCAAGCAACAACAUCUACUCCUGUACAGCAUCAAAUUCAUACUUUAGUCAAUACAGUGAAUGGGACUGUUUUAGCUACUGGGAUUCCUGUAGUUUUGGACACAGAUAAAGUACAAAUUAAUCGCGUGAAUGCUGUUCCUUCAAUUGGUGUUCCAAAAGUGAGAGAAGUGAAACGUAGUGCGCAUAAUGCUAUUGAACGACGGUAUAGAACGUCUAUUAAUGAUAAAAUAAUAGAGUUGAAGAAUAUAAUUGUUGGUGUUGAUGCUAAACUUAAUAAAUCGGCGAUAUUACGAAAAACUAUUGAUUACAUAAGAUUUUUACAAAACUCUAAUGCAAAACUCAAAGCAGAAAAUAUGUCAUUAAAAAUGGCAGCACAAAGACAAAAUCUCAGAGAUCUUUUAUCAUGUGGGGAUCUUACACCUCCACGGUCAGAUACAAGCGAGCCAUCUCUAUCUCCAGCUCCUGCGCCGCUCUCACCAGCUUCUCCAUUAUCUAUUAAAGACGAACCUGACAAUUUUCUCCAACAAAAUUCUCAACGUGUAGCGGUUAGUGGCCUACGUGACCACACCAGACUCACUCUUUGUGCAUUUCUCUUUAUGUUCCUUGCCUUCAAUCCUCUAGGGAUUGUUGUAAAUACUGUUGGAAAUACUAAUAGUGAUUACGGGGAAACUAAAUUUGAUGGAAGAACUAUUUUGAUACAUGAAGUAAAUCAAGACGAGAUGCAAUCAAGAGUAUGGAACAGUGUAAUUCUUUGGAUUAUAAAUGUAUUACUUUUAGUAGGUGGUUUAUGUCGACUGCUUCUUUACGGUGAUCCGGUGAUUUCAACUGACAGUAAAAUCUUCUUAGAACUUCGUCGUUGGCGUCAUCAAGCAGAAUUCAAUAUGUCAUUAAACAAUGCUGAUAAAGCUAAUGCAGAUUUACAAAAAUGCCUUGGCUAUUUUAAUCGUACAGUUCCAUCGUCAAGAAUAGAAAUUGCUUUAGCAACACUCUGGCAAGUUAUUCGGCAAAUUUUACAUAAACUUUGGAUCGGAAAGUGGGUUUUAUUUGUUGGAAAAUGGCUAUCACAGAAAUUUGAGAGACAAGAAGCUGAAACUUCUGCAAUGGAACUAUCAAUGGUUUAUCAAAGAAUUUUAUGUCUUCGUCUCUCUCAAGGAUCUACCAAUGCAACACUUUUCUUGGCGCUUUCUUCAGUAAAUUAUGCAGAAGCUGCUGGGAAUAGUAUUCCUAAAAUAUCACUUGUGGAAAUUUAUAUUAAUGCAGCUCUCUGUUUCAAGCAAUCUCUGUUUCCGUUUAUUCAUAAAUAUUAUCUUGGUAAAGCAAGAUCAGUGCUCUCUACUUGUGUUGUCCCACCUAAAUUAAAGUGGAUUACUACUUCUGAAGGUGCCAAGUUUUUAAAUUCUCACAAAUGGAACUAUGGAGAUUGUACAAAUAAUGAAUUCACUUCACAAAAUACUAAAACUGAUCCACUUUCUCAUACUGCAAGAGCGUAUAGAGAACAUCUUAUCGGUCAAUGUUUGAAACUUCUUGCUGGAACUAUUGGUGAUUCACAUGCUUCUACAAUCUUAGAUCUUGCAAAAAGUAUCAUUGCUUCUGCUGAAGUUAAUAGUGGUUUUGUUAGUAGUGAAAACAUUACAAUUCAAGAAAUUGAAGACGUUAUUGGUUUUUGGUGGGGCUCAGUGUUCUGUGCUGCAGCAAGUUGGAGAUUAGGAGAAGAUACGUCAGCUUGGACAGUAAUAGAAACUAAAUUUCCAUACGACAAAAAUUAUGACGAUGCAACAUCUAAUAAAAAUCCACUACCUUAUGCAGUGCUUUGUGUUCUUCAAGCUGCUAGACGUCCAACGAAUAGAUCAUCAAUUCGUUUUAUUGAUCAAGCAGGAAAAUACUUAGAAGACUCUAUGGUUUAUUAUCACUGUAAACAACAAUCUUCGCAUAAUGUACAGUUAGUUCAGCUGUGGCUUUGUGAUUGGUUGUUAGAACUACGAACCAAUUUAUGGCAAGAAUUAGAUGGCAAUUCUGGACAGCCAAUAACUAAUGCUUUUCUGGCUGGUUUUCAACAUGAUUUAGCACGUUUGAGACAAUUGAGUCAAUAUAUUCCGUCCGUGCUACCGAGAAUAUUUUUGUAUGAAGCAACAGCACGAAUAAUGGUUGGAGCAACUCCAGUAAAAACUCAAAUACUUUUAGACCGGAGUUUACAUCAAAAAAAUUCUCGUUCUUCUAUAAUAUGCGGUAAAGAUCGAUCUCAAGAAGUUGGUGGUGGUGAACGAGAGCACGCAGCGGCUCUUUGUCUUGCAUGCCGUCACUUACCUGUACUCUUAUUAGCAUCUCCUGGUGAGCGUGCUGGAAUGCUAGCUGAAGCUGCUAAAACUCUUGAAAAAAUUGGUGACCGAAAAAAAUUACAAGAAUGCUAUGAAUUAAUGCGUCAACUUGGCCCAGCAAUUUCCGUUAAUUAAUUUAUUAAUUAUAUCAUUUUGUAUUUUUAUUCCCUGUAAUAUAUUCUAUAAUCUUCACUUCAUCAUUGUACAUAAACAUACUCUCAAAACUUAACAGUGUAAAGAGUAAAUUAGAAUAGUUAUCAAAAGAUGAGUAUUGCAUUUCGAGUGUAAAUUUUAUUUUUUCAGUAAAUAAAUAUUUUCCAUUGGAUUUUAUAAUUAUACUAAUACUCUAUACAUAAUUUGUAUGAAUACUUACUGUUGUAUUGUAAUUUUAUUCAAUUAAUAAAUACAUAGAAUUAUA